AUGGUCUACAUGUACAUAAGUCUCAGUUUCCUGUUAAUUUUCUUGGUUAAGACCAGUGUUCAGGUGAGCUGUCUCACAAAUGUGCGGGAUUACGAAAUUCAACUCAAUGAUACAAAUCCAAAAGGCACAAUUCAAAAUUUAACAUCGGAUCUGAUUAAUCGUACUCAACAAGAAUCAUUUUGUUCGUUCAAUCUAUCGCUUUUCCACACAAAACGUCUAGUUAAAGUUCAAUUUUCACGUUUGAACGGCGUCAAAAUUGGUCAAAUAGUCGUGCAAACUGCGAUUGAAAUAGUUAAACACGCAACUUUAAUGACCGUAAUGCGAGGAGUUUGUACAAGACAUGCAUGUGAUCUCGAAUACACAAUAAGUGCUGUACAAUGGAUGCUUACAGAAGGCAAAUCAUAUGGAAGUGUAGAAAAAGAACUUGAAGUUUUGCUUGAAAAAGGAAAAGUCACUCCAAGUUCUACAUGUCUCCAAUGGAUGAAUACUCAUCGACUACAAGAUUGUGUUGGUUUACGAUGUCUCAGUAGAAAUUUUCCGAAUGUUUAUUUGACUGGAUGUAUGAACACUACAAGAGCACCAUUUGCCGAACUUGAAGUGUUCGCUCAAAUAAAUCAACGAAACGUUACUACUCAACAUAAGUUGAUUUUUUUGUGUAAACUUUCUUAUUGCAAUAUCAAACGCACCGAGACGCUCGUUUUUUAUUUUAUGUGGAAAAGAUUCAAGAUGGACAAAUUAUUCAAGACAAAAAAAUUAACAAAUUUUCCAGAUGAUGAAACGACAAUUAAACCAACAACAAUUAGUCAACGAACGCAAGCCAUUAGUAGUGAAAAACUUCGAUGUGAUUCUCGAUCUGGUACGCAUCACAUGUACCGAAAAUAUCGAGAUUUAACAAGAGCAUUAGCGAUCAUACAAUGUUAUCGUAAUAUGGGUGGUAAAUAUCAUGCUCGACUAUCGAACAUUCAAAUCAUGGAAGGGAUGAAUCCAUGGAAAACGUACCGCUCAAAUUCUCAGGGUCUGUAG